AUGUCCCACGAGAAACAGAGAGACAGAGAGAAGCAGCAUGGCUUCCUCUGCCACCAUGUUGGCGGUGGUGCUACUGGUGCUGGCGGCGGCGCAGCCAGCGCGGGCGUGCUACUCGCGGGUGUUCAGCUUCGGGGAUUCGCUGGCGGACACGGGCAACUACCGCUACGUCUACGGCAACGACACCGGGCCCAGGCUGCCCUACGGCGAGACCUUCUUCCACCGCGCCACCGGCCGCUUCUCCAAUGGCCGCAUCGUCGUCGACUUCAUCGCGGACGCGCUGGGACUGCCGUUCGUGCGGCCGUACUGGAGCGGGCGGAGCUCGGAGGACUUCGCCGGAGGAGCCAACUUCGCCGUGGGCGCCGCCACGGCGCUGAGCCCGGAAGUCUUGUGGGAGCACGGGUUCACCGCGGCUAGGGCCGACUUGGUCCACCUCGAUAUGGAGAUGAAGUGGUUCCGUGACCUGCUCCACCUGCUUUGCCCCACCGAUGUAGCCGACUGUGUGGACAUGAUGAACAAAUCUCUUUUCUUGGUUGGAGAAAUUGGGGGAAAUGACUACAACGUUCCUCUUACCUCUUUGGUGCCUGUUGAGAAGAUUCGCUCGUUCGCUCCGAGUGUUAUUUCCAAAAUUUCAUCUAUAAUCACCGAUCUGAUUGGAUUGGGAGCCAAAACUCUAUUAGUUCCCGGCAACCUCCCAAUCGGGUGCUUGCCGGUGUACCUCACGAUGUACCAGAGUGAUGACACGGGGGACUAUGAGUCAGACACAGGCUGUAUCCGUUGGAUGAACGAGUUCUCACGCUACCACAACAAACUUCUUGUGGAUGAGCUGGAAAAGUUACGGAAACUUCAUCCUAGUGUGUCGAUCAUCUAUGCUGAUUACUAUGGUGCUGCUAUGGAGAUCUUUGUUUCCCCUUCUCAGUUUGGGAUCAAGAAUCCUUUGGUGGCUUGCUGCGGUGUAGAAGGGCCUUAUGGUGUGUCAAUAACCACAAAGUGUGGACAUGGAGAAUACAAGGUGUGUGAUAACCCACAAAAGUAUGCAUCUUGGGAUGGCUUGCAUCCCACAGAAACGUCAUACAAGGCCAUUGCUGAUGGUCUGCUAAGAGGUCCAUACACUCAACCUCCAAUUGCCACCACCAAAAAUUCAUGUUCAAAACUUACCGAGCUUGUCUCGUCUGUAGAAUACAAGGUUCUCUAUGAUUUGUAAUUUUGUAACACACAUGUGGAGGAUUACUGUAUGAAAACUUGCCGAAUGACAAACAUUUUUUGGCAUGGCUAGUUGUCGUUCCAGAUGCUCAAGUGAUAUCUAAUGUCGGCAUGCAUGCAUGCCAAACGAUCUGUAUUUAAGGUACACGAGUAUCAAUAUCUUCACCUCA